AGGACAAAAGCGUGAAAAACCUCCACACACCAUAGCCUCUCAUCUCUGACCCAGGGAAGCUACAAGAAUGGGAAGAGGGGCCAACUGUAGCUGGAUUGGGCCUGAGAUCCCUCUGUCAUCACAAAUCUUUAGUGCCAUUAAAGAUGAGCUGUGGCUCUUUCUCAUCCCGGCCGGCCUGGCUGUCAUUCUACUGGGGGUGUUUCUGGAGGAGGUGGGCUUCUUCCUGCGUCACAUUCCCUCUUCCAGACGAAAACGGCUCUACUUGUGGAUAUUAGGAAUGUACCCGGUAUUUGCCUUGACCUCCCUCAUAGCGCUGUAUGUGCCACGCUCUUCCUCGCUGUGUAACUUCAUCGCUUCACUGUAUCACUCCAUCACCUUGCUGAAAUUCAUGGGACUGAUCACAGACUUCUUUGGAGGAAAAGCUCGUAUGCUGGCUGCUCUGUCCGGACAGCGGGUAUCUCCAGAUCCCUUCCCCUGUUGCUGCUGCUGCUGUCUCCCAAUGGUGGCCAUCAACAGCAACAGCCGUGGCUGGAUGAUGGCUGCUGUGCUGCAACUCUCCAUCGUCCGCAGCAUCUUGUUCUUUGUCACUCUGAUCCUGUGGACAGAUGAACAGUACGACUAUGGUGAUGUGGAUUCAGUGGACCCCAACCUGUAUGUGAACGGUAUCAUCUGCGUGUCGACCUUCGUGUCCUCCUACGGCUACCUUCUGUUCUACAAAGCGACUAAGGGUGCUUUACAUGGCUUUGGACUGAGAGCCAAGUUCAUCUGCAUUAUUGUGGUGUUGGUGCUGUGUGGCCUGCAGAGUGGCAUCUUGGAGACCAUGGGUGCCCUAGAGGUCAUUCCCUGCACACCACCCUUCUCUGUCCUGACCAGGUCCCAGUUGAUCUACCACUACUGUGUGAUUGUGGAGAUGUUCUGCAUUGGACUGUAUGCCCGCCACACUUUCCGUAAGGUGGAGCCGAGUGUGGUAGAGGACGUGGAGUGUCCCGCCAGAGUCUGGCAGAUUGAAAAGGCCGUUCAAACAGACGAUGAUCAGGUGACAAAUCACAAGCCCGGUCUGCCAUCAGAGAAGGCCUGGCCUGGCCGCUGCCUCGUCAGCGCCUCCAAUCCCAGUUACACCAAUAACAGCGAGGACAGCCUGUGUAGGAUAGAACACGCCCCUCUGGAUGGCUUCCCCUUCCCUCAGGCCAGAUGUCAGCAGUCAGGCAGGCAAGAACCAGUGAGGCCCAAUUCUGCAGAGGAACCUGGUGUAGCUCUAACCCACAUUACAGUCAGGGCUGAUAUUAACUAUCAAGACCCUAAAGAUGUCACUGUGGUUUGA